CUUGACUCACACACAGUUGGCCAGUGAAGGGAGCUCAUCAGGCUCAGCCCUGCAAGGUGCAGCACACAAAACUGAUGGCAAAACUUGGAGAGAGACUUGAUUAAAGAAAGCAGCCAUGGACCUGAUCCUAGACUUUUCUGUGGAAACCUGGAUGCUCCUGGCCACCAGCCUGGUGCUCCUCUACCUAUGUGGAACCCAUUCACAUGGAACUUUUAAAAAGCUGGGGAUUCCUGGGCCCAAACCUCUGCCUUUCGUGGGAACAAUUCUUGGUAACAGGAAGGGAUUCUGGGAAUUUGAUGAACAAUGUCAUAAAAAAUAUGGGAAAAUAUGGGGGUUGUAUGACGGUCGACAGCCUGUGUUGGCUACCACAGAUCCAGACAUGAUCAAAACCGUGCUGGUGAAGGAAUGCUAUUCUGUCUUCACAAACCGGCGGAGUUUUGGUCCAUCGGGAAUUUUAAAAAAAGCCAUCUCCCUCUCUGAGAAUGAAGAAUGGAAGAGAAUCCGAGCUUUGCUGUCUCCAACCUUCACCAGUGGGAAGCUCAAGGAGAUGUUUCCCAUCAUUAACCAGUAUACAGACGUGUUGGUGAAAAACAUGCAGCAGGGGGCAGAGAAAGGCAAGCUCACCAGUAUGAAGGACAUCUUUGGGGCCUACAGCAUGGAUGUGAUUACUGCAACAUCAUUUGGAGUGAGCAUUGAUUCCCUCAACAACCCACAGGAUCCUUUUGUGGAAAAAAUCAAGAAGCUCUUAAAAUUUAGUAUCUUUGAUCCAUUGUUCCUGUCAGUGACACUUUUUCCAUUCCUUACCCCAGUACUUGAAGCAUUAAAUAUCACCAUGUUUCCAAAAGAUGUCUUAAGCUUUUUUAAAACUUCUAUAGAACGAAUGAAAGAGCAUCGGAUGCAAGAGAAAGAAAAGCAAAGAGUGGAUUUCCUUCAGCUGAUGAUAAACUCUCAGAAUUCCAAAGUGAAAGAGUCUCAUAAAGCUUUAUCUGAUCUGGAGAUUGUGGCUCAGUCAGUUAUCUUUAUUUUUGCUGGCUAUGAGACCACCAGCAGCGCUCUUUCCUUUAUUAUGUAUUUGCUGGCCACACACCCUGAUGUCCAAAAGAAACUGCAAGACGAAAUUGAUGCCACUCUGCCCAACAAGGCACCUGCCACCUAUGAUGUCCUGCUACAGAUGGAGUAUCUAGACAUGGUAGUGAAUGAAACUCUCAGAUUAUAUCCGAUUGCCGGAAGACUUGAGAGGGUCUGUAAGACAGAUGUUGAGAUCAAUGGGGUGUUCAUUCCCAAAGGGACUGUGGUGAUGGUGCCAAUGUUUGCUCUCCACAAAGACCCAAAGUACUGGCCAGAGCCUGAGGAGUUCCGCCCUGAAAGGUUCAGCAAGAAGAACCAGGACAGCAUCAACCCUUACACAUACCUGCCCUUUGGGAACGGACCCAGGAACUGCAUUGGCAUGAGGUUUGCUCUCAUGAACAUGAAAGUUGCCCUUGUCAGACUCCUGCAGAACUUCUCCUUCCAACCUUGUAAGGAAACUCAGAUCCCUUUAACAUUUAGCAAGCAAGGACUUCUUCAACCAGAGAAACCAGUCUUUCUAAAGGUUGUGUCAAGGGAUGAGACUAGUACUGCAAUGAAUUACUAAAUUGAGAAGUCAAAAAACAUGAUGGUGUUGACUUCUUAGAAAAUUGUAAAGGAACAGUUAUUCACUCCAGAUACGGCCAUUGAGAGACCAAAGGAACAAUUCCAUCUAAAUCUAGCUCAUUGUACCAGCGAGUUUCCAGGGAUGCUAACAGGAACAUGGAUGAGGGUUUGUUUAUAUAUAUAUACAGGUGAUUCAAAAGCAGCUGGAUCCUGAAAUUCUCUUCACCUUAAAGCUAUCUCUCAUUCGAAAUUGUUACUGCUUAUGUAACCUGAGAGUUGGGCGCUUACAGUGCUUGUAAGUUCAGGAACUUUGUUUGCAUCCUGAGUCUGGUGAGAUUAACUCACUUCUGAAUCUGUUUUCUUUAUUCCUCUUCCCUCCAUUACGCUCUGGCCAGCACGAUGCAGAUGGAGCAUGCAGCUUGUGGACCUGGUGCUCACCACACACACUGCCCUCUUCGGGCCAGAUUGGGACUCGAGUCUAAUAUGCACCAGCCUUGAGGAAUGGGCCGAAGAAGACAUAAGAGCCUUGGAAGUGUUUGAUUAGGGUCUCCUUUGGUAUUGCAGGCAGGUCUUGAACUCAUAGCAUGGGACCUGCCCUAGCCUCUCAAAAUAGGGAUUACAAGUGUGUGCCAUCAUAUAUAAACUAGGUGGUUUGAAAUUAUAUAUAUAUUUUGUGAAUCUAAAUCCUGGGAAAAAUUGUGAUAUCAGAAAAAUGAUUUGUCACAUGUAAAACUCAAAUAAAUGUAAUUUGCUUA